AUGAGCACCGGUUCUCUCAAAUCCGGCCGCUCAUCGAAGCUCGGCCCGGCUGCCUCGGCUGGUCAGAAUCCUCUUCUGGAGAAAGUCAACGCACGAACUUCGACACCAGACUCGGAGGCCCUAGCGAGCUCCGACGACGAGGGCGAACAACGCCCCGACGCUUCCCAAACCUCCAACAGCUCUCAACCGCCCAAGCCAGUUCGUCGGUCUUCUUGGCUUAACGACACGACCUCACAGCCUCUGCCUCGGCCUCGCAAGGGCUCGUUUGCGAGCAGUUCGAUGUCUCCAACCGGGUCGCACCCUAGCACUCCGUCCGCCGAGAGCGGCAACGUGCCCUGGGGGUCGCACUCCACGUCCUCUGUCAUGGGGCGUAGCUCGGGCGCGUCCACCUUUUCUUGGGGGACUGGGAUAUGGAAUGAUCGCAAGGAUGUGCCGUCGCGGCUCACGGAGGUCUUACCAUCGCCGACUUCGACUGUACCUCCCGGAGGCGGUGGCUCCUCUUUCUUCGGGCCCGACGCCGGCCUGGUGCAGCCGUCCACCGCCUCUGGACGUGACCCGAAUACCAAUUCGCAGAUACCCUUCGCCAUUCCUCUGCAUCCGACACCGAAAACUUAUCGCUCUCAGUCCUACUCAGUCGGACAGCUGGAGCCAGAGAACGCGGUUCCGGCGUCGAUGACUUCCUCAACCGUCUUGGGCCGUGCUCGCCACUCGGCUCUGCAACAUCGGCCAUCUCGGCCGAGCAUGCUGAGCGAAAUGGCGAACGAUGGCUCGGUCCUGGGGAAGGUCAAGGAGGUGGAGGAUGAUGACGAUGAGAGCUCGACGGACUCCAUGCAGGGUUCGUUCCACCAGAUGUCGGAUUCAAACAAGAUCGAAAUGCUGGCGCGCGAGAACGCCAUGCUCCGCCAGCAACAGCAACAGUAUACCAAUCGCAUUCGGCCCCGCGCCUCGACUGGGGCGGGCUACGUCGGGAACGGCUAUCCGCUGCGCGAGACCGUACCAGAGGAGUCUGACUAUGCUAUUGAUGAGUUGGACGAGACUGGCGAUUCGGGCUAUCCCUUCGGUAGACGAUCUGCAGCUCGUCGCAUGAGUGAAUACGGCGGCGCCGGCGCCGGCGCCUUUCGGACGCCUCUCGGCAUGGAAAGUCGCAAGGAUAGCAUGAACCUCAAGAAGGCCCUCUGGUCUAGCACCCCUAGCUACUUCACUGGCGAUAUAUCCCAGAGUCGUCGCCACUCCUUCGCCAAUAUGCCCACGCGUCAGGGUUCGAUAAGUUCAAUUGCCGAUUCGGUUUCGACGCUGGACGCAAACCCCGCCGACGGCCAGCAAUCACAAGGCUUUGUGCCUGGCUACUCCGAGGGCCCCGGCUUUCCGGGCUCCACGAGUAACCCAGCAGUAUUAUAUGGUGCCGGCGUUGGUGCCAUGCAGGCCCCGUUCGGCAAUCCUUACGCUUCUUCCUUCGGUCUGCAGAGCCAGUUCCACAACAGAGCCCCGUCACCUCAUCGCAAUGCCUACAGCAUGGCACAGCCGAGGCACAACCAGCUCCUCCACGUCGUUUUAUUCAAAUGUGCGAGGGCCGAUGUCUUCUACAUUCAGGAAGGCACUGGCCUGACGGUGAAGCCGGGCGACCUGGUCAUUGUUGAGGCUGAUCGGGGCACAGACCUUGGCACCGUAGCCAAGGACAACGUUGACUGGCAGACGGCAAAGGAGAUGAAGGAGCACUACGCUGAGGAGCACUAUAAGUGGCUUAUGAUGUACUCGCAGGGCGCUGCAGCGGCCAACGAGGGUACUGGUGCCGGCCUGAUGGCCUCCUCCAACGGCCUCCAGGGCAGCGCCAUCGGCGGGAUGGGACCCCCAAGCCAGCACCAUGUUCAGGAGCCGAACGCCGGGGAGCUCCGGCCAAAGCUCAUCAAGCGUCUGGCGCAGAAUCAUGAGAUUCAAGCGCUACGUGACAAGGAGGGUCAGGAAGCAAAGGCCAAGCGAGUCUGCAUGCAGAAGGUGAAGGAACAUGGCCUCAACAUGGAGAUCCUUGAUGCUGAGUUCCAGAUGGACUGGAAAAAGCUCACCUUCUACUACUUUGCCGACUCAUACAUCAACUUCAACUCUCUUGUAACCGAUCUCUUCAAGAUUUACAAGACUCGGAUUUGGAUGUCGGCUAUUAACCCUGCGUCCUUCGCCAGCCCUACUCUGGGCAUCCAGGCACCCAGCGGCAUCGGCCCGGGUGCUGUGGGUGCAGGGCGAGCACCCGGCAGUGGAGAGCGUCGCCAGCAGAGUCACCAGGCCCAAGAACAGUCGUCGCAGGCUUUUGGCCAGGCACCGCAGGUCGCACGCGGAUUCCGACCGGCUUUCUCUCAGCCAUUUGGAGGAGAUAGGCAGGUCCCUCCGGCCUCUGCCUAUCCUGCUGCGAACUAUGCCUUUGGCGGAGGUGGCGCCUUCGGCAACGCUCGAACCAACCCGGCGUAUGCCCCCAGCCUGUCUCCAGGUUUAGAGGGCUUCUCCAGCGCGGGCUUCCAACAGCCGGCAGACCUCCAAUCGAUGCGCCAGCGGCUCCCCGGUGGACAGACAAUUCCCAGUCCCACACCCCACGGUCACAGCGCCUCGCCCAUCUCUCAUCAAGCCGAUUGGGCCUCGGCAUUCCAGGGCUUGUCCUUGAAUACUCACUAG